CUAAAAUGUGGUUCUGAUAGUUUUGCUCCCUGGAAUUUUGGAUCUUUGGAUGAUUCAUUUAUCUGACUAGCUGAGAGCCUGGGAAUUAGUCAUAUGCAACGAAAGAAAACUAAUUAAUGCCUUUUUUAACCUUCCAAACCAAGAAACGAAAUUAACAGAAUCUGACAUUCCCCUCCAGACAGAGUUUUCCCUUGAUCUUAUUUUUGUUUUGCUCUUUUUGGUUAGAUUAGCAGAAACUAAUUGAAAUGUCAGAAAGAGACGAUGAAGUUGGUUCUGAAAUUUCAAUGGAGGAUGCUCAUGACACACACCAUAUACGCCCAGCUUCAUCUGACGCUGAUGGCAAUAUCCAUGUUACCAAACAAAGUACGGAUUCACCACCAAAAAAGGGACGCCUUUUCGGCCGGCAGAAACCCGUCCAUGCCGCCCUUGGCGGUGGAAAACCUGCUGAUAUAAUAUUGUGGAGGAACAAGCAGAUAUCAGCAGGAGGUCUUGCAGGUGCAACUGUUAUAUGGCUUCUGUUUGAGUGGAUCGGCUACCAUGUUCUUACUUUCCUUUGCCACUCCCUUAUACUUUCCCUGGCAAUCAUGUUUUUGUGGUCAAACCUCUCCUCCUUUGUGAACAAGACUCCACCGGAUUAUCCAGAGAUCGUAUUGCCGGAGGAUAUGUGUAGGCAAGCAGCUUUGUUGGUGAGAGAUAAGAUCCAUUGGGCUAUUGGUCUUUUCCGAGAAGUAGCUUCCGGGAAGGAUUUGAAGAAAUUCCUAUAUGCAAUUCUGGGCUUGUGGAUAGUUUCUACCAUUGGCAGCUGGUUCGACUUUCUCACCCUAGUAUACAUCAUAUUUGUUAUGCUGUUGACUGUACCUAUAUUCUAUGAGAAGCAUGAAGAUCAAGUUGAUGCUUAUGCUCACAAAGCAAAGAAACAAUUAAAGAGGCAGUACAGUCAAUUGGAUGAAAAGGUUCUUCAAAAACUACCAAAAGUUCAUUUCGGCAAAGACACAAAGGAGCAAUGAUCAACCUUGUCUUCCAUUCAUUUCUCAAAUGGCUAAUAGUAUUUCUUUGUUAUUCUAGUAAUCUACCAUUCUUCCUUUAUUUAUCUUUUAAAAAAAAGGCAAAUUGGAGGGACUGGUUUAUUGUGUUAGCAGUGGUUUUUAUGUUACCAUUCUUUUUGUACUAAUACUAGUUUCACAAUGUAUCCUUGAAAGGGCAACAUGUGUUUCUAACUCAAGUUUACAAAAAAAAAACAGAUAAUAUCUAAAAA